AUGUCACAGAAAAAUAAAAAAGUAUAUGAUACGCAGAACGAACAAGAAAACACAAAUAGUAGUAGCAAUAGUUCAUCAAAUAGUGAUAAGGAGAUACAAAAAGAUAAAGAAGAGUAUAAAAAGGGAGAAAACAAUUUUAGUAUUCUAAACGUUGAAGAGGUUAAUAUAAUUGAAUUAUCGAGAGAAGAACUAUAUAAAGUUUGCGCAGAAUUACAACAAAAAGAAUUGGAAGCUUUAAAAUACAUAUAUGUUCUUGAUAGUGAGUUAAACAUAAAAUAUGAGAAUGAUGAAGACAAACUCACAAUAGUUGAAAUUAAUUUAAAUGAUCAGAAUAUUAGUAAUAAUCAUAUAAAUUUCACUUUUGAACUACCUAAAGAUUACCCCCUUGGUUCUAUUUCGAUAAUUAAUGUAACGGUUAAAAACUUUACUCCAGAUACAAAUAAUUAUAUUAAUGAAGAAGUAUAUAGGUAUCUUCAGAGAUAUAAUGAACAAAGAGAAUGUAUUUUACCUGUUAUAUAUAAAGUGAAUGAAAUAAUUGAAAAUAUAAUACAAUAUAAAGAGGAACCAGGAGAAAAAAGUUUGUCUUCAUCAACAGAAGGGAGAUCAGAUUUUGAUCAAGAACAAACUUUUAAUGAAUGGGAUAACAAAAAUAAACAAAGAAAAGCAGACAUUGUAUGUUUCCCAGAACUUAGUUAUAGUAUGAAUUUUUCUAAGCGUCCUAAUAUAUUAGCAAGAAGAUUAUGUUAUUCUCAUCAUAUCCUUAGCUUAGUUAAAAGAUCAUGUAUUAUCAAGUGGGCCAAACAACUCAAAAUAGGUGGCUAUUCAAAAAUAGGAUAUCCAGGUAUUAUAGUAUGUGAAGGACCAAAAGAUGAAGUAGACUUUUAUAUUAAUAGUUUAAAUAAACUCAGAUGGAAACAUUUCGAUUGUAGAGGUAUGGAAGAUAUUGAAUUAGAUGAAAACGAAAAUCUAGAUGACGCAAGAGUUCUUCCUACAACGGUACGUGAAUUAGAUGCUAAGAGUAUGCGUACCUUAUCUGAUAUAUGCACCCAAUGUGGUUUAAGAGAUUUGUUUUUGACCAGUAUGAAAAUUUACAACAAUAAUGAUAAAAAAGGUUCUGUAAAGGAAAAAAACAAAAAUGGUGAAGAAAACAAACCUGGAAAUACUAAAGAUAUUUUAAAGGAAAAAGGAAAGAAAAAAAAAAAAAGAAGCUCAAAAUGA